CCUGCCCUCCCCCCUGCCCUCCCUCGCAGGCUGGUGCAGUUGCCCGGGAGGCCCCGGGGGCUCGCGCGCCCGCGGCGUCGGGGGAAGCGCUGGCAACCACCUCCACCCCAGAACCCCCCCCCCCCGGCUGCUUCUUACGACUUUUCUUUUGUUGUUGCCGUGACCCGGGUCUGUUUUCUCGGCUGUUAGGGAAGGUGUUUUCCUGGCUGCACCAGUUCUACGCCCUACACCUCCUUCCCUGUGGUUUGUAACCUUCCUCUUUCCCCGAGUGUUUUACGUACGGCCAACUACGUCAAGAUUUGCAUUGCUUGUCCCACUCGGCACCCCUGCCCCCUCCCCUUAGAGAAAUAACAGUCCCCCCCCCCCCCGCGUCAGUUCCCCCAGCUUGAAAAGAUCCCUGUGGGUCCGUGAUAUCAAAAAGUGAAGGAAGGGGUUGGUGUGUGAACUGUGGGCGUCGCUGGCCAAGUGUGGUGCUUUGGGGCUCGUUAAAGUGUCACUCAGCGCUGCCCCCCACCCUACUGGGUAAGUGGGGGUGAUUAAUACCCGGUAUCCUGGAAUGUGGUGAGGGUGUUUGUGGAGAACAGGCUGUGUGACUGGGAAGGAAUUUGUUCUCCCCCCGCCCACCCCCGAAGUUUGUGUCGUGAACUUGGGCAUUCGUAAUGAUGUAAUUCAGCGCGAAGUUGGAGAAAGUUAGGUUUGAGACUUGGAGUAAAGCGAGAUGGGACUGCGAGCCGCUAGUCGUUGGGUUUUGUUACUCGUUAACUCUUGGGCACGGGGCUGGUGUCACCCUGCAGGCCUCAGCUCCUGUUUGGCUCCACACCCCUCCCAGGAGGCUGUGGAGAUGUCACAGCACCUUGCAGGGACACCGGCCAGCCCGGCUGCCCAGGUUACAGUGCCGUGUCAUGAGCCAUUCGUCCAAGACCCACACACUCACUCUAGUCCAAAAGUUACCAAACUUAAUCAGAUCUGACUGCCCCCUCCCUGAAGAUUUUCUCGUGAUCCCGAACGUUACAGAGUGACCCAGAAAAAAAGAGAUUGCUAUGGGACACUGAUCAAGGGGCCAAACGAAGUUGUGCACUUUGUAAGCAGAGAUCUGAUCUGCAGGUGCAGCAUUCCUUUCUCUGAGGGGCUGCGGCCAGGGCCGUCGGUGGUGGUACUGGGUCUGCAGUACUUUCCAGGAUCGCAGAAAGUGCAGUUUCAGCUUGUUGAUAGUGAGAAUUGAAAUUUGCAUAGGCCUGGGUGGUGUGAGAAACUGCCCUGAGAAGGUCGAGGUGAGAUGAGAAGAUGAACCCUGCCCGAAUGAUAGCAGGGAGGGACUGCCAGCUUUGCUGAGGCAGGCAGACCAUUGUCCCAGCAGGGAUUGCAACAACAAAAAAGUGCCCUCAUAAUGUUGAAGUGGCGCUGAAGAUGUCCAAAAUGCACCCCCCCCCCCGGCCAAACUGCCUUUGAAAGGCAAGGCUGUAGUUGAAUAAAAGUGAGUCUGGGUUUCCUGAAUAGCGCCAGGGCUCGAGUGUGCUGUCAGUCUGUGAGCCAGUCCACCAACUUGAGACAGAAGUGUUGCUGUUCCAUAAAUACAGGAGAACUCCAUAUGCUGAGUUUUUCCAUUUCUUCUGUUAGAAAGUUUGGGGGGGGGAGGGAGACUUUGAAGUAUUUUGUUUAUACUAACAGAAGAGAAAAGUUCUCCUAAGAAAAAGCUGGUGGCAGGAGUGUAGAGGAGUAGCAUAUGGCAUUAAAAGGAGCACAGCUGGAGGUAGCAUUUCCAUCUGAACAUGAUGUCAGAGCAGCUGACAGCCUGCCAUCCCUCAGCCUUUUAUUCUAACACACAGACAGGGAGUUAGUGUGUGCCGAUCUGUGGUGGAGAAGGUAUCUCAUUCCUCUCUAACAUCUCCACUUUGCAUCUGUCUCUCUCAGUCUGCUUGUUUUCCACCGAUGUAACAGACCUGGAGCCAGCAAGACUCAGAGGAAAGAACUUAAUCAGGUUUAUGUGUCCUAAAGGAAACAAGGACAGUGAUGCAUAUUUGAAAGAACAGAAGCUAGUGAGAAAACAAAAUUUAUCAAGUGAUGUUGAAACAAAGUAUUUUCUGUUGUGGAGGUUAUGAAGACAGCAUGGAGUUUCCAGACCACAGUAGACAUUUGCUGCAGUGUCUGAGCGAGCAGAGGCACCAGGGCUUUCUUUGUGACUGCACAGUGCUGGUGGGAGAUGCCCAGUUCCGAGCGCACCGAGCUGUAUUGGCUUCAUGCAGCAUGUAUUUCCACCUCUUUUACAAGGACCAGCUGGACAAAAGGGACAUUGUUCAUCUGAACAGCGACAUUGUUACAGCCCCCGCUUUCGCUCUCCUGCUUGAAUUCAUGUAUGAAGGGAAACUCCAGUUCAAAGACUUGCCCAUUGAAGACGUGCUAGCAGCUGCCAGUUAUCUCCACAUGUAUGACAUUGUCAAAGUUUGCAAAAAGAAGCUGAAAGAGAAAGCCACCACCGAGGCCGACAGCACCAAAAAGGAGGAAGACGCCUCGAGUUGCUCUGACAAAGUUGAGAGUCUCUCCGAUGGCAGCAGCCACAUGGCAGGCGAUUUGCCCAGUGAUGAAGAUGAAGGAGAAGAUGAAAAGCUGAAUAUCCUGCCCGGCAAAAGGGACUUGGCGGCCGAGCCUGGGAACAUGUGGAUGCGAUUGCCCUCGGACUCAGCAGGCAUCCCUCAGGCUGGUGGAGAGGCAGAGCCACACGCCACAGCAGCUGGAAAAACAGUAGCCAGCCCCUGCAGCUCAACAGAGUCUUUGUCCCAGAGGUCUGUCACCUCCGUGAGGGAUUCGACAGAUGUUGACUGUGUGCUGGACCUGUCUGUCAAGUCCAGCCUUUCAGGAGUUGAAAAUCUGAACAGCUCUUAUUUCUCUUCACAGGACGUGCUGAGAAGCAACCUGGUGCAGGUGAAGGUGGAGAAAGAGGCUUCCUGUGAUGAGAGUGAUGUUGGCACUAAUGACUAUGACAUGGAACAUAGCACUGUGAAAGAAAGUGUGAGCACUAAUAACAGGGUACAGUAUGAGCCGGCCCAUCUGGCUCCGUUGAGGGAAGACUCGGUCCUGCGGGAGCUGGACCGGGAGGACAAAGCCAGCGACGACGAAAUGAUGACCCCAGAGAAUGAGCGCGUCCAGGUGGAAGGGGGCAUGGAGGGCAGUCUGCUCCCGUACGUCUCCAACAUCCUGAGCCCCGCGGGCCAGAUCUUCAUGUGCCCUCUGUGCAACAAAGUCUUCCCCAGCCCCCACAUCCUGCAGAUCCACCUGAGCACCCACUUCCGUGAGCAGGACGGCAUCCGCAGCAAGCCCACCGCCGAUGUCAACGUGCCCACGUGCUCGCUGUGUGGGAAAACUUUCUCCUGCAUGUACACCCUCAAGCGACAUGAGAGGACUCACUCGGGGGAGAAGCCCUACACGUGCACCCAGUGCGGCAAGAGCUUCCAGUACUCGCACAACCUGAGCCGCCACGCCGUGGUGCACACCCGCGAGAAGCCACACGCGUGCAAGUGGUGUGAGCGCAGGUUCACGCAGUCAGGAGACCUGUACAGACACAUUCGCAAGUUCCACUGUGAGUUGGUGAACUCCUUGUCCGUCAAAAGCGAAGCACUGAGCUUGCCUACUGUCAGAGACUGGACCUUAGAAGAUAGCUCUCAAGAACUUUGGAAAUAAUUUUAUAUAUAUAUAUAUAUAAGUAAUAUAUAUAUGCAUAUAUAUACAUAUAUAUAAAUAGAUCUCUAUAUAGUUGUGGUACGGUCUAAAAGCAGUCUUGUUUCCUGGAACUAAAAAGUUGGGAUAUUAACUUGUUUUUUGCACUUUAGAAUAGCAUGAGAAUCUCACUAAUUUAGCAUUCUGAUAAAAGAACCUUUAGAGCAAGUCAGAGAAUAGAGAGGUGUUUUCGUUAUGAGGGGGUAGGGAAAUAAGCCAAUAAGAACCUUUUCAACAAGUUGUCCUAUCACAAAAUGCUUCCAUAUGGCUUAAUUUUGUCAAUACUGCAUUGUCUUUUCAGCUGUCCUUCCCCGCCCCCACCCUCGACAGCAAGUUUUGUUUUGUUUUUUAAGUAGAAAUUCCCUCCAGUUUUAUUAGCCUCUUUAUAUGUCUCAAACUGCAUGAAUCUCUUUUGGCUGUUGGAAACCUGAAUGCUUUUAGACCCAAAUGGAAAAUUUUUGAGAUGCUGGAUUAUCUAUUUUUAAACAAGCAGUUGACUUUCAACUUUCUGUGGCAACUUCUGGUUUUUGUGACAGUUCCCAAUGAGAGCAAUUCUGAGAGUACACUGGGAUCACUGGGACACUGUCGUUGAGAAGGUUUGCUUGGGAUGACAAGGAUAUUGCAGCUUCAGCAGUGUUGAACUGUGUGUUUAAAAAUGUGAAUUACUGUUCUUGUAUACUGUAAUUGAUUACGUGGGCUGGGGGGGGUCAAAGAACUUGACAGGUUGUGUUGAUGCUCUUAGUUGAGGCUUGAAAAGUAAAUAUUAACGCUACAGAAAUGCAUGAGUUUCAAUGUAUUUUUUUGUCUUUGUUUGCAUUGUAUAACUUUAAUGAGUGAGUUUAAAAUUAUUUAAUUUCCUUAGAAAAAUAGCACCAUUUGGAAAAAGGAAACUGGUGUUAUGAAGAACGUAAAUGCACUGUUUUUAUUUUUUAUUUUAUAUAAUUUAAAUUGACUUUCCCACUGUCUUUAAGUUGAAACUGUUAAGCUGAAUAAAAACUUAAGCUGCAAACUGAUAACUCUGCUACAUAACAAGGAAAAUAUAAAUGUUUACAAAUGGCAUAAAGAUCUGCAUGUGCAGUGUGCAUUUAUAACAAACUUGUAAUUGCACAGACCCAUGUCAGCUCAGAGUUCAGUGUACACAUUUACCCGGUUGAGCAUUUCUAGAAUAACUACUGCACAAAUUGACAAUAGGUCAUUCUCUCGUUUUUUUCUUUUUCUCCCCUUCUUCCUCACCCUCCCUCCCUUCCUUUUCCCCCCACCACCCUCCCCCCUCCCGGAAAAAAAAAAAAACUCAUGAAAAGAUUCUAUGGACUAAAAAAAAAAAAAAAAGCCCCAGGCUGAAAGGACUGGGCUGCCUUGAUAGACGUGGGGAAGGGGUUCGUAGAGGAUGUGUCCCGCGGCAGCAGAGGCUGCGGCCCAGUGCACGGCUGUGACGCCCGGCGCGGGGCAGACGCAUUUUGCACAGUGUUUGUUUUCCUGUCUUGCACUUACAAAUAAGGUCUAUGGGGGUAGCAUGGAAAACGUUUGCUGUUUUUCCCUUUUUUUUUUUUAAUUGCUUUUGUUUAAAAUUUGAUCGCCUUAACUACUGUAAACAUAGCCUAUUUUUGUGCUUAAGAUACUGAAUGGAAAACUCCAUUGUGUGUUGCUGGACUGUUUUGGAAAUAUUUGGUCAAAUAUGUAUUAAUUUGGCUGUAAUGGCAUUUAAAGCAAACAAACAAACAAAAAAAGCUGUGAAAAUGGCCUUGGAGCAUUAUCUUUAGUUACUUGAAGAAUUUCUAGUUUUUGUUUAAAUACAGUUUAUGUUAAAAUAAUUUUUAUUAAUUUAGAGAAGACAAUCAAUGUCUGUGAGAAAAACGGACUUUUCUUUUGGAUUUUCUUUUUGUGGUCAUUGUGAGUGAUUGCUUUUUCCUUUCCUUAGUUUCACAUUCUUCCUUUGUUCUAAAACUUAGACUGACAUCUAGCUUUGACAAUCAUAGUAUGUUUUAUUUUCCUGAGGGGGGAAUAACUUAUAAUGCUGUUUAGUUUUGUACUAUUGGUGUGUUGGUGAAUUUUUAAACUGUGUGCUAACUGCAAUAAAUUAUAUGAACUGAGAA